AUGCCUGGCUCAACCGCUCGUGGCAUUGCGGAGUUCAAGGCGGCAGUCUUCGACCGUGUCUCAAAGCUCGACACAACACAUUUUCUCUCUAACGUGCGCAUUAAUAUCACGAGCAGCAGGACAGCGACGGCGACAUGCUCGGCGUUGGCCCAGCAUGUUCGUCCUGGAGAGGGCGUCGAUCCAAGCUCGGCAAAGUUCACAUCGGGUGCGUUUUAUGCUUGCGAUAUGGUCAAGAUUGGAGAUCUGUGGAAGAUGAAGACUUGGAAGGCGAAUAUCAUCUGGCUGGAUGGUGAUCCCACAGUUCUCGCGGGGUAG